GUGAAGACGGCCAUGGAUGGGCGCAGCGCAUACGUCAGCCAGCAAUCCUCAAACAAGAUCCACCGAUCAAGUGAUCUUGUUCUUCUGUAAAUUGGUUUCAAUUCUCUGAACACUUCGAGUUGAGGCCAUUGUCUCCGUAUUCUAGACCAUUCGUUCCCUCUAUCCCAUUGUGUUGCUGCAGGGCGCCCAAUCUCAGACAAAAUGCCAACUAUCCUCCCCACUUGGCCACACGUUCUUUUUGGCUUCAUUGAACCUCUCUCCUUGGUUCUCGGAAGCCUCGCCCCGAUAUAUGACCUGGACAGCUUUAUCGCUGGUCAAACGCCCCAAGCAGACCCUCCUUCCGCCCAUCCCAGCAGCCUCUCGUUGGCCUACCAACUUGGCAACCUAUACUCGCUCCUUUUCCUUAUCGGAGUGGCCGUGUUGCAUACAAGCACAGAGCCCAAGGUCGUGCGUAACUACCUGAUUGCCUUGGCUAUCGCCGAUGUCGGUCACGUCUAUGCCACGUAUCUGGGGAUGGGCUGGACUGCAUUUUCGGAUGUUGGCGCGUGGAAUGCUCUGACGUGGGGGAACAUCGGCGCGACCGCAUUUCUCUUUAUCAAUCGUCUGGCCUAUUUCGUGGGCAUCUUCGGACCUACCAAAACAUCCAAGGUAGCCGGGAAACGAGAAUAAAAAUUUGUGAUGCUGUUGAGCAGCUGCGUUGGAACGGUACUGUACAGUCGGAAUUUGGGCAUCUAGUCCUGCAAUAAUUGGGUGUUAUUAUUCGCUCUCGGAUUCUAUAGGGAAUGAAUGACGUUUCAAGGAAUGAAUAUUCGGGCGCUUCGGGCGCGAUGGACUUGAUAUGAUUCGUAAAAUCUCUUUCGCAUGGCAUACUGGGAGUCAUGCUGGUUUUCACUACCAGUCUGGG